UCGGGGCUGGGCUGGCUUUGGGGGCUCUGCCGGUUUUUGGGGUCUGUGCUGUGCUGGCACGGCCACAGGCACGGCCACGCUGCUGGGGGGUGACAGGGAGGGACAGCGGGGUCCUGCAGGGCAAUCACCCCACGGGGACAUUCGGGGGGGUUCGGGUCCCCCCCAGCACCGCUUGGGCACCCCCAGGUCGGGAUCAGGCAGGGCUGGGGGUCCCCCCACCCUCCAGAGCUGGGCCCCUUCCCUCGGCUGGGGGGGAUUACAGCCCCGAGAUUAAAACCCGGGCGGGAGAUUAAUCCCGGCCGGAGUUCGCCCGGUUUAAUCGGGCGCCACAAAUGCCAGGCGGGAUUAGGGGGCUGCGCCGAGCCCCGGAGCCGGGCUGGGCCCGGGGCCGCCCCCCGAAGGGUGGCAGGGACCCUCCAGGGCCACCUUUGGGACCGGCCCGGGGUUUGUGGCGGGCGAGAGGAGGCGGCACAGCGGGCGCGGGAGUGGGGGCUGGGAUUUAGAUUUGCUAUGGCAACCCGCUGGCAUGGAAGGAGCGCCAGGAAAUGUCAGGGCGAGGUGGGCACGGCCGAGCGGCGCGGCGGGCACCGGACACCGGGCGAGGCGGAGGCAACGGCGGCUCUCCCCGGGCUCCUCCCCAGCGGCAGCCCCGGGACGCGGCCGGUAGCACCGGAGGGAUGCGCGGCAGAGCAGAACUCCCACCUCGCCCCGAUCCAGCCCCAUCCCUGCCCAGGAGCGGGAACGGAGCCUUGGGAAGACCCCAGAUCCCCGAAAUCCCACCUGGAGCUGCCGUGGGCUGGGGUUUCCUGCCUGGGCACCCGGGAAAGGCUCCUCGGGGUUCGGGGGGCCCGGGCCGCUCCCAGCCCAUCCCCGUGGGACCCUCGGGAUGUGGCAUGGGAUUUCCUGCAGAGCCAGGGAAGCCCCGCGGAACCUUCCAGAAACCUCCAGCUCCUCCCGCCUGGGAACUUCGGGGCCUCCCGGCCCGGCUUCCCCUGGGAGAAGGAAAUAAUUCCGGGAUAUCCCAGAACAUCCCAGGGAGUUCCCCAAAAACGGGAUAAUCCCUGAGAAUGGUUUUUUGGGAUAAUCCCCAAACCUCGGGAUUUCCAGGGCUCCCGGCUGCUUCAAAGGCUCCAAAUUGCUGCAAAUUCUCCACUUUUCCACAUUUUUGGGGUUUACCAUCCCCAGCAGAGGAGCUGCCCCGGGAGCGCUCUGAACCGGGGCUCCGGCAGAAAACCCCAACGGGAAGGAUUUCAUUUCAGUUUCAAAAAUAAAAAUUAAUGAAAACCCCCAGAUUUCCUGAGCUCCAGGAAGCGCCCGAGAAUUGGGUUUAAUUCUCAUUUUCCCCGUUUUUCGUGGAUAAAAUUCCACAUGGGAGCCAUGGUGGGAUCAGGUCCAGACCCUCCUCGGGGAUCCUCCCAAAAUUCCCAUUUUUCACCCCAAAUCUGCUUUUUUUUGUGUGUGUGGUUGGGUUUUCCCAUCUCCACCUCUCUGGGAAAAUACAGAAAAUUCCUUUUUUUGAUUUUUUGUUGUUGUUUUUCUGCAGUGGGAGCGAAUCCUCACAGCCCUGAAGGCGCCUCCAAACCUCCCAAAUUUGACCCAAAAAUUAAAAAUUUGUUGCUCUGCUUCUUUCUGAGUGUUCCCCAUCCCAGAUUUCUUUACCUGAAUCCCAAAUCCUGAGCAGAAUGGGUGGAAAAAAACCCCCAAAAAUAUCAUUUCU